UAAACACUGUAAAAAAAGAGGAAGCACACGAGCAGAGAACAACUUGUAAACACGGUGAAACUCUCUGUAGUUAAGUAGAGCUGACUUACAGGAGCGGACGUUUACAGGUGUAUUCGCUGUUUACUGUUACAGUGACCAUGGAGAGGAGCGUAGAGACGGUUUCAGCCAUUAAAGCUUUAGGGUACCCGGGCCGGUCCUGCCUCACACGGUGUAAAUGUGACGAGCUUCCCUGUCCGCUGCUCACCUGGCUGUCUGCAGAGCUGAGGACAGCCUGUCCAGAGCUGCAAGACUUAGGUGGGACAGGCGACGUCUUUCUCGUGGGAGAGCUGAGAAUUUUAUUAUCAAACAUGGUCUCCCCGCCCACGUUUCUGACCUCAGAGGUGCUGGAGCCAUCCAUCCUCAACAAAAUCAUCGAUUUCCUGGUAUCAGAAUUACAAGCAGCUCACAUGAUCCAGCAUAAGGAAUUACAUCCUGAGGAGAAGACGACAGGAGAGGAAUCUGAAAAAGAGCAGCGAGUGGUAGAUCAGAGCCAAGAGUUUUGUCAGGAGCAUGAGGAGGAUGAUGUUUAUGACAAAGACAGAAGGAAGGCUGAGAUGCAGGCAGAGUGGAUAUUACUGCUGCGCGCCCUCGACAUGGACGCUUCCACUCAACUUGCAGAUGUGUUGAGUGAGGUGGAGUCCAGGCUUGCUCGUCUACCAUGCGGGGGCAUGAUGGACCCCCUUCUUAACAACAGCCUCAGCUCACAGCAGUGGACACAAGUUAAAGAGAUCAGUCAUUUUCUGUCAAAGGACUAUCAGUGUCGGUGGCAGAUGAUGAUCAAACGCUUCCAGGUUACACUUGAGUCAUUUGCAUGGGGAGAAAAACAAAAGGAGCGCAGUGAAGCGCUGGCCUCAGUGCCCCCUCUUGAAUCCCUCACCAGUUCCUCUCGAGUGUCCCUGUCUCAUCUGCUUGCUGCCAGAGAGGAUCAGUCCUUCAUUGAGCCAAUCAAGGCUGGAACAAGCACAGCCGUGUACAAGACACGGAUGGGCAGCGUACCUGACAGAGGAGGACGACCAGGGGAAAUUGAGCCACCUAUGCCAGUGUGGGAAGAGCGAAGAGCGAAAGGAAAUCGAUCAGGACGAGGAAGUGGACACCAUCAACGGCGUAAAUUUUCAGAUAAGAAGAAAGGGAAAAAAGAGUAACAUGUCUUUUUCUUUGGCUUUACAGCUUAAUAUGAGAAAAAAUUGAUCAUUUUCUUUUAUGUAAGCACUUAGUAUCAAAUAAAACAUGGCUGUGGAAUGCUACAUAUGAUUUAAUUUUAUAAUUAUAAAUUUGUGUAUAAUUUUUAGUACAUAGACUUACCUGUCUGCACAUUUGUAAAAAAUAGCUUGUCAUAAUGCACUAGUAUGUGAUGAAAUAUUUUUGUUUAUGAAAGAACAAAGCAGAAAAAUAAUUUAACUAGAUUUUUUUUAUACACGUUGGCUUUGCACAUUUAUAGA